CGUCCGUCAUGGUUCGUCCGCUAAACUGCAUCGUCGCUGUGGCCCAGAAUAUGGGCAUCGGCAAGAACGGGGACCUUCCCUGGCCCCCGCUCAGGAAUGAAUACAGGUAUUUCCAAAGAAUGACCUCAGCCUCUUCAGUAGAAGGUAAACAGAAUUUGGUGUUUAUGGGUAGGAAGACCUGGUUCUCCAUUCCAGAGAAGUAUCGACCUUUAAAGGAUAGAACUAAUAUAGUUCUCAGUAGAGAACUCAAGGAACCUCCACAGGGAGCUCAUUUUCUGGCCAAAAGUCUGGAUGAUGCCUUAAAACUUACUGAACAACCAGAAUUAACAAAUAAAGUGGACAUGGUUUGGAUAGUGGGAGGCAGUUCUGUUUAUAAGGAAGCCAUGAACAAGCCAGGCCAUGUUAGACUGUUUGUGACAAGGAUCAUGCAGGAAUUUGAAAGUGACACAUUUUUUCCAGAAAUUGAUUUGGAAAAAUACAAAUUUCUCCCAGAAUAUCCAGGUGUUCCUUCUGAUCUCCAGGAGGAGAAAGGCAUUAAAUACAAAUUUGAAGUAUAUGAAAAGGACAAUUAAUGUGAAAGUGUUUUCUGAUCUAUUUCAAGCCUUCUCCUCCCCCGCAAAAAAGAAUUAUGUAUUUUUUUGUUGUAGAGACUUCUGUUGACUUUAGAUCUAUGGAUAGUUAUUUCUAAGCAAAGCACUUUUAUUCCCCAUUAAUCUUAACUAGACUGUAUCAGAUAUUAUUUGUGAAACAUUUCUUGCUGUAACUGCCUGAAUGCCCAUCAAGGGUCGAGAAUAGGUUACCAGCACCUGCCUAGGGUAGAAUAUACACCAAGACAGCUCAAAGUGGGAGAGUCCCCUGAUAGCACGAGUUGAAACCAGAGCCUAUAGAGCUAGGAGCUAGGAAGAUGAGUCCAAAAGUCAGAAAUGGAUUAUAAACAGAAGAGCUAGCAUUCAGUUAUUAAAAUUAGAUC